AUGGCUAAAAACUCACGGCAGCUGCUGUACGCGCAUAUCUACAACUAUCUGAUUGAGCAUAAGUUCUACCAGACGGCUCGGCGUCUACUGGACGAAGCAGACGUGCCACUCUCCAAAACCGUGUCGGACGAUAGGCCCAAGGAUGAUGAACUUCUGCAUGUUAAAAUGCUCAUGAACUCCAAGGAUACAUUCUUGUGCGAGUGGUGGGAAUCUUUGUGGACCUUGCAUCAUUUCGUCGAAACGCAACCCGUAGAAAAUAUCUCCGGGGACCGCCUUUUUCACGAUUCAGUAACGCCCAUUUUGCCGCAACGCACGCCUAUGAUACAAGACAUGACCACGUCCAAUCCCAAGUGGGCACAGCAACAGCAACAACAGUAUCACCACCUUUAUGCGCAACAUCAGCAGCAGCAACAACAACAUCAACAGCCACAACAACAACAACAACAACAACAACAACAACAACAACAACAACAACAACAACAAUCACAACCACAGCAACCACAGCAACCACAACCACAACCACAACCACGACAACCACAGCAGCAGCAGCAGCAGCAUCUGCAACAAUCAUCGCCGUUUGUAGCACCGGAUGGAGCAGUAUAUGUACCGCCAUCGGCAGCAUCGCAAUCUCUGAUGGCCCCACCACGAGUGAACGAUGUUAAAGUCGGUAGCUCGGCUGCUACGCCGUCCUCGUCUUUGCGGAAACCCGUACCAACCUUCUCCCACGUCCAAAGCGCACCAGGCGGUAUGCCAUCAUCAAUGACGCCAACAGGACCUUCCAUGGCCAGUUACCAGUUUGGUGUACCGAAUGGACAAGUUGCGGCUACUUCUAACCCCACAUUCACGAGUUUUUCGCCGGCCGCAAAUUCUCAUCCAACUUCUGCAAGUGAACAGCUGCCAAAUGUGAACAAGAACGGGCUAGAAACACCUUAUAAGGAGUAUCAGCAUAGUAGUAUGGGCCAGCCUCCAAUUGGAAACACUCCCGACAUGCCCGAAACUGUGAUAAUGUACAUGCAGAAACGGCGGGAAUUGAUGGCCUCGAGAAACAGCGGCGAGGACGAUGCCCUAAAGGACGGUGCUCAGUGGAGCGCCAAACAACAGCAGACUCACGAUCAGUACCAGAAGUCCAUGUAUAUGAUGCGACAGCAACAACAGCAACAACAUCAGUAUCAGCAGGCACAGCACCUGCAGUACCAGCAGUACUCUCAGUACCCUCAAUAUCUUUCGCAGAACAUUCCUCAAAGAAAGCAGCAACCACCACAACCACAACAACCACAACAACCACAACAACAGCAUCAACAACAACAGCAUCAACAGCAUCAACAAGCCGCUGCUAGUAGGCCUCAAACACACAGGUCCUAUUCAAAUCCUCCAUUGACGGAUAAAAAUCAAAUUGAGGGCUCAAUCAACCAGAGCAGAUUUCCUGUCUCACAAGCGACGCGGCAAGUUACAGGAACUUCGCAAAUGGAUACAGUUUUGCAGCAGCAGCAGCAGCAGCGUCGUGCCUUACAGCGCCAUAAUUCUGCCACACAGAUUAGUGGACCUGGGUACCAGGGCUCUCCCGAUCUGGCUUCUGACCAAAUUUCUGCGGCCAUGCCAGGAGGUGCUAAUGCGCUGGGCCCAACCAAUCACAUGGGCAUGAUGAUGAUGCAUCAGUCACCAAGUGCUCUCUCGCCGGGAAUCUUGCCUGCUACUUCUGGUGGUACGCCGAUGAUGAACUUGCAAGACGUUCCUUCUAGUAAUAAUUAUGGGGACAAUGCAAACGGUGAUAUAAUGGGUUUCGGCGGUUCAUUGCGGCCGUCGUCGUCGCACCGCAGCUAG